GUUCAAUGCGUUGGUUCGAUGACAAAACAUGUGACAUUUUAAACAUAUCUCUAUCAGUCAAACCAGUUUGAUUAGGCGAAAGCAACAACAAUCAGCGACAUGGAGAAAAUUACCACGGAAAUACUUCGCAAAGAAAUUCACGAAAUACUUAAGGAUGCUGAUCUUACGGAUAUGUCCUCGAAAAAAGUGCGCACUCAAAUCGAACAGAAGCUCAACUGCGAUCUGCUGAGCCGUAAAAAGGAAAUCGACAAUAUGGUCAUGGAUUAUGUCAAUUCGAAAGCAAAUAGUGACGAGGACAGCGACGCCGACAGUGACGAAUCAGCAGACGAUCCGAAGCCGGUCAAACGACCAGCACCCGCUAAAAGUAAUUCCACUGCCAAGAAGCAAAAAGUCGACUCCGAUGACGGCGCAUCCAAGGAUGACGAUUCGGACGAUGACUUUAAAUCAUCACGAAGACAGUCCUCUCGAGGUGGUAAAAAGAAGGCAUCGGAAAAGAGUACAAAGAAACCGCGCGUCAAAAAGGAUGGCGAGAAACGUAAAGGUGGUGGAUACACACGUCCGUUGAAGUUGUCGCCGGCAUUGAGUGCAUUGUUGGGUACGGAAGCAGCACCGCGACACGAGGUCGUGGCAAAAGUUUGGGCCAUAAUUAAAGAACGAAAUCUCUACGAUCCGAAAAAUCGACAGUAUGCGAUUUGUGACACAGAACUGCGAAAGGUGAUGGGAAUUAAACGUUUCCGAACGUUUGGUAUGUUAAAAUAUCUGAAAAAUCAUUUUUUGGAAUAAAAUUUCAAAUGCACAGAUGUAUCAACUGUUGCAAGUAAGUUAA